CCCCACGGACAUCUGAAUUCUUCGAACACGCUUUGGCGGUGUUCCUUCUUUGUGUCCGAUAGCGCAAAAUAUGGCCUCAUCCAACGCGUCUUGUCUUUCAGGACAAACUCCAACUCCGCUCACAAAUACACCAUCCUGCAACCCUGGAUUUCUGUGUAUUAUUUCCAUUUGAUAUUCCCCUUCAUACGCCGUCUUCCUUUGUUUGAAUUCGACGUUCUACACCUCCAGUUAACUAAUCGAUCACUUCUAGGCCUUAACAUCACAUCGGAAAACCCACCGGUCUAUUGCCCACCCACAAUAGAAUGUCAGACUAUCCGAUCCCAACCAUACGAUAAUAUAUGCGCCCAACCUCAAGGCACCUUUGAACCAAUUGUCUGUCCCGCUGGAUUCUACUGUCCUCCUAAUGGCCAAGAAAAGAUCCGAUGCCCAAGUGGCUUCUACUGCCCGCUAGGAUCCUUUUAUGCAAAGCGCUGCAGGGCUCUAUCAGUUUGCCAUGAGAGGAGCGAACGAGAGGUGUCACUGAUCGGGAUCGCCUGUUUAAUAGCGAUAUAUAUGCUCUUGCUUCUGUUAGUUAUUGCACGGAAAUUGAAAGCUGGAGUCGCAUGGAAAAAGCUCGCAGCCCGAUGGGCAACAAUCACGAGGGAAGGGAAUUCACAUAAUGCAGCCAUCGAAGAGGUUGAGAAUUGUAGCAUAUUUGACGGGUUAAUCAAAGACAGAGGAAUGGCCGAUGUCGGCAUUGAACUAGAUAUGCACCAAUUGGAAGUUACGCUUCAGCAUACGGGUCGCCCAAUCUUGGACGGCAUUUCGGGCAAUAUCAAGAAGGGAUGCGUAUUUGGAAUUAUGGGCCUGUCUGGGGCAGGGAAGACAACUCUGAUUAAUAUUCUGGCUGGAAAGAGCAGGCAAACGUCUGGAACAACAGCUCUCAAUGGAGUCCAAGGAGAUCUCACCAGAUUUAAGCAUCUUAUUGGGUUCGUACCGCAGGAUGACAUUCUACUAGAGGAGCUCACCGUUCGGGAAAGCAUCUUGCAUUCCGCACGUCUCCAUCUUGGGGGAGUCUGGAGUGACGACAAGAUCAAGCUACAUGUUAACAAACUGAUAGAUUAUCUUGGACUAACACCCGUGAAAGAUCAGCUCGCAGGAGGUGCCGAGAAAAGAGGUAUAUCCGGUGGUGAGCGGAAGCGGCUCAGCAUUGCCUUGGAGCUUGCUGCCAUGCCGAGGGCUGUUAUCCUCGACGAGCCAACCUCUGGUCUUGAUGCGGCGACUGCUUUAUCAAUAAUGAAGCUGCUCAAGUCAAUCUCUCUAAUGGGUAUUACUGUUGUCUGCACAAUCCAUCAGCCACGGUCAGACAUAUUCCAUCUUCUGGAUGACUUGCUCAUUCUGGCCUCCGGCCGGCAGGUAUAUCUAGGACAGGCAGCGAGGGUAAAGGAGUAUUUUAAAGCACUUGGGUAUGCUAUUCCCAGUGCUUCCAACCCUGCUGACAUCGUGAUGGAUAUUGUCUCAAGCUGGCAAGUUGGAUUGGAGUCAUUUAGGCCUCUAUCUCCCCAGGGAAGCAUUGAAAUGAGUAUUGAGGUUAUUUCCGAAGUAUACGAAUCUCGACAGGAAUCGGAGAGCGUAGCUGUGCUGGAUAAACUUGCAGCCGUCCAAAGAGCUCCUUGGCAUCGCCAACUACUUCUAUAUCUGCUUUGUGGAACAAGGCAGCGAUGUCGGCAAGUGUUCGGCUUCAUUCUAGGGAUGGUCACAGCAUCAGCCGCUGGACUUUUAAUCGGCCUAGGUGUAUAUGGACACCAAGGUCAUGUAUUCCAAGGAUAUUAUCGGCAGCCAUUCCAUCCAUUGUCCAGUGCCGUGAAUUAUACAAGCCUCCCUAGCCUGGCACAGAUUUCCUGCUUGGCGAUCAGUCUGGCAGCUGCACCAGCCGGAAUAAGAACAAUUGCAGAAGAGAAGUUGGUAUUCUACCGCGAGAUACGUUCGGGCCAUUCGAGCACUGCAUAUUUUCUUGGAAAGGAGCUGUCCACUUGGCCACGCGUGUUCCUAUCAGCUUUACAUUUCACGACAUUUUACAGCAUCCUUGCAACCCCGGUGGUUCCAUUUGAGGCUUUGCUCCUGCUCAAUACUGUCUACUUCUUUUGCAUCUACGGAAUAGCUUCUCUCGUGGCAUCACUAGUUCGACGCCAAGACGCACUGCUGCUGGCGAUGCUCGCAAGUAUGAUAGCCGGCAUCUUCAAUGGUGCCGGGCCGCUCCUCUCGCGGGUCAAGUCGUGGAAUAUGGCCUGGUUCUGGUAUAUUUGCCCAAGUACCUGGUAUUCCGAGGCCUUUUUCAGCGAACAUACAACUCCAUGGUCGUAUUUGUAUGACGUUAAUGCAGCAUCAAGCUUUGUUGGCUAUGUCACUGGCAGGACCCCGUUCGAUUUAGGGUAA